UAAUAGUAAUCCCAUCAUGCUUCGAGCAAAAAUGGAAGACAAAUAUGCAGGUGAGAGCAGGGUAGACGGAAACCUGUUGUUUACGAAUGCGGAACGGACACGCGUUUUUCGUAACGCUUUCCAAUGAUGCCACAUAUUAUUCCAGGCGGGAGACAGCGUGCCUCGUCUGAAGGAGAUGUAUUAGAAGACGAAGAAGACACAAUCCUUGCUUCAGGUGUGCUUGAUGGACUGACCGAAGCGCAUCGUAAUGUUAGUCGCAGUGCCAUCAUAACAACAACAGAAGACAGAGAAAACGUUGAUCCGAAGUUCUGUGCAGAAGACAGCAGUUUCAGCCAACAGAUCAGCAGAAAAAAAGGUCUGAAACCUAAGUUUUCCUUCAAAUCUGUUAAGAAAGCGGUAAGUCGUGCAUUUUCAAAGGAUUCGCCUUUGGGUUCGAACUCUUCUCUAAACAAGGAAGAGAUGCCAGCCCAAGUCAAAAUAUCGUGCUCAGGACCAUGGACACCAACGCUUAGGAGGAGAAACGCUGAAGAAGAAACAAGUGGGAGGUCAGGGGAGAACAUUAGUCGCAGACCAGGCAGAGAAAGUCAGGACAGAUCUGGAACCGAUUCCAUGAACCGCCCACUAAUCACAGACCCAGGUCUUAUGGUCAGUAAAUGGGAUCGCACCCCCGGAAAUAUAGGUCUUUUCAAUCAUGGUAACACAUGUUUCAUGAACGCGGUGCUUCAGUGCUUGAGUCACACGGAUUCUUUCACUGAGUACUUUGUUACGGAUUUGUAUAAAGAUGCUCUAAAAAACAGCAGAAACAGUUCUAAGAAAGUAGGAUCUAAAGGAGCUAAAGGUGAUGUAACAGAACAGCUUGGAUUACUAUUAAAGUGUAUGUGGUCCGAUAAAUACAACAGUGAAGUGUCCAUUGACUUCAAAGCUGUUGUGGGAAAAUACAACAGCCAAUACAAAGGAAGCUCCCAGCAUGAUGCUCAGGAGUUUUUGUUGUGGCUGCUUGACAGGAUUCAUGAGGAUCUAAUAGUACCUCCUCCUUCUCAAGGCAAGAAAAAGGGCAAGCACACAAAGAAUGUUGUGUCACCUGAUCAUCCCCAGACAGAUGAGGAACUUGCAAAAGCAGCAGAAUCUUCUACCAGCAGUAGCUUCAUCACUCAGCUAUUUCAGGCACUUCACUGCUCAUCACUCACUUGUCCCUACUGUAACCGACACUCUAAUACAUUUGAUCCCUACUUGUGUGUGUCUCUGCCUUUGCCGCAGAAAUGCCUUAGGCCAGUCUAUGUCACUGUUGCCUAUCUUGGUGAAUAUCAAAAAGAAAUAACUAUUGGACUGAGUCUGAAUAUAUAUGACACUGUCAAAGACUUAAGGGAUGCUCUGUCCACCGAAACAUCCAUUCCUGCUGACCAGCUGGUUUUGUGCCAACUGGCAAAAGAUGGGUUCUGUGCCACCUUCAGCAAUGAGCAGCUUCUUUCAGACUUACCUGAAAAUGGGUGCAUUUAUGCCAUUGAGAUGUACCCAGAGGAGUAUCAGUCGGCAGAGGAGUCUUCAGGCUUUGAGACAGUACAGAUUGUUGUCCUGCAUGUUGAGAGGACUGUCACUGCGCUGAAGAGAUUCUGCCAUCCUGAAGUAAUAAGAGUUUCAAGAGAAAUAAACAUGAAGAAUUUGCAAAGAGAGAUUCUUGGUAAACUUGGGGAUGCAGUCAAGCGAGAGGUCUUGGAUAAGCGGUUGCAGUACUUAUUUCAGCUACAAGUUGUUGAUGGCAGUUCUCGUCCAGUUUAUCUGCCUCCUGAUGUUGAAAUGCCUCUUUACACAGAGACUGUAGACAGAGUGCUGUCUAUGCUUGGUGAGGAGUUUGGACCACAACAUCUUAAACUCAUUGCUGAGUGGGAGUCAGAUGUGAAAGAAGUAGUUAUCAAGGAUGACAAAGAGCAUAUUGGAGAACAUGUGUCAGUGAGUCAAGUGCGCUCCUCUGCACAGCAGCCUGUCACUGUUUCAUUACAAGAGUGCUUCCAGUUGUACACACAGGAAGAGAAGUUGGCGGGAGAAGAUGCGUGGCUUUGUUCUCACUGCAAGAAGCCUCAAAAAGGUGCCACCAAAACAUUAGGAUUGUGGUCACUACCUGAUGUUCUAAUUCUUCAUCUUAAACGCUUCAAGCAGACAGGACUGAGGAGAAACAAGCUCAAUACUCUUGUCAACUUUCCUGUGGAAAAUCUGGACAUGACUCCCCACAUGGUACAUCGAAGUGAUCAGGAUCUCAGGCCGGAUGAUGUUACUUAUGAUCUGAUUGGUGUUUGCAAUCACUAUGGCAAUAUGAUGGGUGGUCAUUACACUGCAUUUUGCAAGAAUGGAUUGGAUGGGAUAUGGCAGGAGUUUGAUGAUCGUAAAGUGCAUGCUGUAGCUGAGGAUGAAGUUGUCACCAAGUUCUCCUACAUUCUUUUCUACCAGCGACGCAGCUUGACAAAGCUUAUCAAUCAGAAAAUUCACACUGCUGUACACUGGGUCUUUUCUAUUGAUUCUUUAGUUAAACUGAAUAAAACCUCAUCACCACAGCGCUACAGUAACUCAGGGGUAACUAGUACUAUCAAGAGGAAUUCUUCCAACUAUGAUGAUCAAGACACAUCAUCUUUACCUUUCCGUCGAAGUCUUAGCAAAGAGUGGAAUGGACCAUCAAGUCCCAUUCGCAGACCUGCUAUUAGACCUUUAACUCCUCAACCUCAGCGGCGGCAGAAUUUUGCUAUAGAUUCCUUUCAGCAGAGUCUGACUGCAAACAAACCAAGACCAUCAUUCAAUCCCACACGGCAUAGUCUUUAUCGUCAUGCAUCUGAUGCAGGCAUGCAAGGUAGGAAGAUUGAACUAGAGGCUAAAACUUCGGAGGUCUACAAGAAAGAGCAAACUGAACUUGAGCAUAAGCAUGCAGAAAGCAGUAGUCAGUCUCAGCCACAUGUCCUUCAGGUUCAGCUGCCUCCUAAACCCAAUGUUCCUCAGAAGAGCAAAGACCUGAUGGAAAGUGAGAUACCUAGAACGUUGAGAACAGAAAUUCUACAGCCUCAGCUAGCUCAUCUACCUGUAGAUGGUAAACACGGAGAUAAAAUCCAUGACUCACAUCAAAUGGAACAGCAACAAAUGCAUGAAUCACCAGGACUGUCUAGUAAAGUUGAUGUAGAUACACAAUCUACCAUCAGUCCUGACCCUCAACAGAACUGUUUACGAUCAACAAAAUCAAUAGAUGUUUCGGUUGUGGACCAUUCAUUCAGACCUUUUCAGGAUCAUCAGCCUGCCCCAAGAACAUCAUCGCAAUUUUCUCAUAGGCCAUACCAAAAUGAUGUAUACUCACGGGUUUUGCCACACCCAAAGGUCUAUGAAUCUCAGUCAUCUCGAUCUUCUAGUGACACUCAGAGUUCUUGUGACUCUCCUAGCUCACAGUCAGGACAAUUUGACCUUCUUGAUUCUAGAAUUUCUUCGUUUCCUAACGAUCCUGCUUCCUUUGACAGGAAGCUGGCAGAAACCAAGGACAGCGAAUCAAGUAGUCAGGCCCCUCCCUUGUUGACCAGAUCAGGAGUAUCCAACAUACCACGUCCACUUACUACCAAACCUCCUUUGCCACCAAAAUCAGUAGGUGGAAAAAUUGGAGAUGGUGCUCGGGUACUAGAUAGCAUAUCUAGUGGAGCAUCUGUUAUGAAUCGCCCAAACAGUUAUCAUCUUUCUAUCACAACUUCCCCUACCUCAUCACCAAGGAGAGAUAUCCAGCCACCACCAUCUCCUGCACCAAAAGAAAACACCAGAGAAAUUCAACAUCGUCUUAGUGAGAGAGAAAUAAGGGAUUCAGAUCACCUCCCUAAAACAGCAAGGCCCUCAGCAAGGGAUAUCCCACUGUGGAACAACCAACGAGAGGUUCUACUUCCAGAUGACAAGGCCUCUACCACAAGCCCAGUUUCAAGGGAUAAACAAGAAAGUAAUCUUAAAAUGGGAGGCCUUGUGCGAGAGCUUAAUGAACGCUUUGGAACAAGGAUGUCACCUGUUGAAGCCGACCGCUCAUUCAGAAGUAGAAGACCACAUGGGGUGCCUGAUCAGAAGUUUGCAACCAUAGCACGUGGCAAUCGAGAUAUGCGUUCAGAACGUCGUGAACCUAUAGCACCACCCAUGGUUCCAAGAUCUUCUACAGACUAUAAUAUACUGUACCACAGUAAUCUGACUAGCCCUAGCCUGGCCCUUUCCUCUGCACAGAGGUAUUCAGGGCACAGUGGAUUUUCCCCUCCUGCUGACAGACUGUCCAUGUCCAGCAGCAGUGGAAGUUAUGGCAAGUCAUCUUUAGAGGAUAGAUAUGGCAUUGAGCGCAGUGUAGUCCUUAGUGGACCGCAGUAUGCAAUCCGAGAACCAACAAUGGUUGUGAGAGAGAACAGGUCUCAAAUUUACCGUGGUCCCAUGUUCCAGCAUAGCAGGCCAAAGAAGGCUGCUGAUGACAUUACUGCUCCACAUUUGCGGGAGUCCUCAGUUUGAAGGCUGGGUAUUUGCCUUAACUGCUGAUAGGCAGGACUGUGUUCCAAUUUGCAUUUGGUUUUUUUUUUUUUGGAAUGGUGUUAUGUGAAGAAGCUGUUCCUAUGAAGAAGCUGUUGAGUAUAAUCUGCAACCAUUUGCUGAUUGGUUACCAUGGUUUUUGGAGUGUAAAACAUUGUCAGGAAAAUUCCUGUGAACUUAAACCUGAUUCAGGUGAUUGUCCGUGGAUAUUUUGUUUGGAGAUUUGCACGAUGAACUUGAGAAUUACAUAAGGAUUACCUACAUUGGUAUCAGUACCUGUUUACUUCCAGUCCAUGGUGGGUAAAAUCCUUGCUUAUGGUAGUGAUGCAUUUUAAUAUGAAAGUGCUUCAUGAAGUAAGGAGACGCAUUUGUGGAGAGUGAUUUAAAUGGCAAACGCGAUGUUACAAAACAAUCCUUCUAGUGGUCCCAUUGUGUUCAAGUGUGAGGAUUUUGUGUUGUGCAGGGAAAUUAGAGGUUGUUAACCGUACUUUGCAGAAUUAUGGAUUUAUGUGAUCGGACACAGUAAUCAAGAUUAAACCAUUGUGUUUUGUUUUGACUGCCAUCAGAAGAGUUGUUGUAAUUAAACCUAGCAUAAGAUGUUAUCAGUAGAAUCAAAUUUUUAAGUCCCAUGUUGAACCGCAAAAAUACUCAGUAGCUGAAAUGCAAUAUUAUCUCACUUCACACUGUUCCGUUCACUUCUGUAUGUGUGAGAGAGAGAAAGAGAGAAAUAGAAUACUGCUAGAAUAUUACGCAGGCCUUUUCAGUAAAUUUGAGUUUCCCUAUUUUACCCCUUCCCAAUACAUAAAUAGGCAUAGGAAAUACCUCUGCACCUGACUGGCCGAUUGUUGGUUGUUGAUAUGUUUUGGUAUGCAGCACACUGAACUCACAGCCACAGUAAGAAAUGUGCUUUACAAAUUCAAUAAUUACCAUAAGGAAGAGAUAAAUGUGUGUGUGUGAGAGAAAGAGAGAGCAAGGAUAGGUAAAUAAAAAAAUUGAAAACAGUUUCUUCAAUUUUUUUUCCUAUUUUUGUUCCUAACUUUGAAUGUUUUUCCCAGAGGAUACAAUGCUUUGAGAAUUUAUGCAUGACAUUCCUAGAACAUAUCAAGUUUGUAGUGCUUAAACUUUUGUGGGUAUGGAGAGUCUGCUAUAUACAUAUUCUUUCCCAAUCAUUCUUUCUGUUAAUAGCAUUAAUAUACCAAACCCAAGAUUUAGCAGUGCCACAUAAUUUUAAAGUGGGUGAGAAUAUUCUUCUGUGCAAAACUGACAACUAGGUUAUUAUUUUGUUAAUAUUAUAAAGGAAUAAUCUUUUAAAAAAUGAAUUGGUGAUUUGAUUGUGGUCAAUAAUGGUAAUUCAUUAAAGCUGAAAGAUUAAAAAUUACAGCCUUUCUCAUUUGCAUUUGCUUUUAAAAAAUAUCACAACUCUGAUUGGGUGAAAACAAGAACAUGAAAACAGUUUCCUAAGCAUAUAAUGCCUUUUAUUGCCAUUUUUCAGUUAAUGAGAGAUUAGUAGCAUUCACAGAGUGAUUUCAUAUUAAUCUGAUAGGAAAGGUCCCAAAUUAACAGUUGUCAUAUAUUUUACCGUCUUUCAGAAAAUGCUUGAGUAGCAAAGUGCCAUUAUGCAGUUCUGUUAUGCCGUGUCCCCAUUCCUUCACAUAGAAUUAGGCUUCAGAGAUCAGUUGCCUGGGGUCAGUAAUGUUAGAUGUAAAAUGACAUUGUCAAACACUUGUUGGCUGAAAUGAGUAUUUCUGUAAAAUUCAAGGUUUGAGUAUAGAGUGGUCUGCAUGCUUAUGAAAUAUUUUGAAAGAGAAAAUACAUAUCUAAGCAACAUAAGAAAACAACAAAAAAAAACCCAAAUGUGAUUUCAGGGGAAAAUGCCAUGGCUGUGAUUUGGAAAAUGUAAUGAGAAUAUAUGCAACAACACCCUCUCCCCGAGGGUGGGGGGAACUGUCACCAAGAGUUCAUAUUGUAUUUAGCAUGGAAAAGUCUGUGAUAGUUGCUUUGUUUGAAGUAAUUGUGUCAACAUUUUUUUGUCUUCUGUUUUUCUUUUAUCUUCUCAUUCAAUGCACAUGCACAUACAAUCCACACGUCUGAAAAUGUGAAAUGUUCUGUACAUGAUGUAGCUGGGUUUUGAAAACAGUUUUUGUAUUUGUUUACCCCAGAAAUAUCCUGAAAAUUAUUGGUGUUUUUCAAUGUUUUAUAAAAUCUUUGGUGGUGGUUUGGAGGGAGGUGAAACUGUCAAAAUAUAUUUUGUUUUUUAAAACAUUGUUUAUGCAUACUAAAUAUAUUUGAAUUGAGGUUAUGAUUAUCCAUUUACUUAGUGUCUGAUGUUUUUAUUUCUAAUAAUUUCUAAACAUGCAUACCUACACCAACCAGAAUUACCCAGAUCAGAAUAUGAGUUGUGGAUUUUUUGUGAUGCUGAACUUAGGAGGAAAGUAUUCUUAUACCUCAUGUCCUAAUAUAUCAUACUGCCAGUUGAACACAUCUGUCUCUAAGCUAAACAAGACAUAAGCUUUGAGAAGAAAGAACUUUCAGUAGAAAAGAUUCUGUAGACAGUGUUCGUGUGUAAUUCUGUAAGUGUAAUUGACACCGUCAUCCAUAUACUGAUAUUAAUAGCACAGUAUUGUUAUCAUUUUGGUAUUGUAUUUACAAGACUCAAUACUGUAGUUUGAAAAGGUUUCAUGAGGUAUUCCCUUUGCUUGUGCCUGUGUGUGCGCAUGCUUGUGAAUGCAAUGUGCAUAAGUGGUUUGAUGGGCAGGAAUGUGUACAGGAUUUUAUAAAAUUAGAGUGAUUUCCAUGACUACAUGUUGACAUCAUCACAUGUUUUUACAUGUUGCAGUUGUGAUUAAGAAUGUGUUAUGAUUACAUGUUUACAUUCUCACAUAUUGCAGAUGUGAUUAGCUGGUUGUUUGCUAUUGCUGCGACUUAAGUAUGCAUCCCGGAAAGGUUAGAGCAGAUAUUUCGGCAAUGAAGUUAUGCCUUUUUCCAAAGUCCAUUGUUUUUGUUAUAAUUGCGCCCAGUUUUAUCACAAUAUUUUUCUUGCAUAUAUUGCUAUUGUUUCUUGUGAAGAAGUCUUGUUGUGAAAUGAAAAGAAUCAUAAGCCACAACAGGAUAAAUUGAAAUAGAGUGACAAUUAUUUUGUCUCAUAAGGUCUCUGUGACCACGAUGUUCUCAUAUACCUGCGAUGCAGGUGUUUGUUCCAUGCUUACCUGAUGUGCUUUUAUCCAGAAAUAUUUUCCUUUAAAUUCAUCCCACUAAAGCUUUAUAUUUCACACACAUUCCUUUAUCAUCUUUAAAAUUCUGCAGUUAUAAAGCUGUGACAUAAAAAUAGGUGAUAUCCAGCUUGAAUUUUGUGCUGCAUCAGCAACUUAAACAGCAUAACUGUAAUACCCAUUAUGUACACUUCAUUCUAUAUGAAAAGAGAACAAGACUACUUCUUUGGUGUUCACUUUUUUUAAUGGCUAUAGGGGUCAACCCUAAAAAUGUUUUAUUUCCAAUUAAGAAUAAGAAGAUAUGGGGUCAUACAAAGCUAGCUGAUGAUAAAAAAGCAGGCAAGGUAGGGAAUAUAAUUGUCUAAAGCUAUGCUAUUUUUUUUUUUUUUUUUUUGGCAAAUGCUACAUUGUAGGCUGUGAGGAUGAUGCACGUAUUGCACCUGGUUCUAGCUGGUAGCUACUCGCACACACACAUGUACAUGCAUGCAUGGAGCGUAAUUUAUUGUGUUUUUAUCAGUUCUUCUGAAAGGGGUACUUUUGCAAAUCCCUCUUUAUCUAAUUUUAGAUGCUGCUAUUUUUACUAAUCAUAAAACCAUGACAUUAUUACUGUGCUCAGAUUGUCUUGACAUUUAUUGUUAAUAUUCUGUUUUAAAAAGCAUUCCUUAACCCUCACUUGUACAGUUUUCAUUGGAGUGGAAGAAAAAUUAUAAUGAUGCUCCCUUUUAUGUAUUUGUGAAAAGUUAACAUGCCAACCAGUCACAUAAUAUCUUUAAAGUUUAGAUGCCAAGAUUUUUGGAUAUAUUUGCCAUAAAUGGAAUGCAAAGGAAUGACGAGUGGCAUACAAGAAUAUGAGCUGUUAUGUUAAAGAGCUCAGGAGUUUUAGGGUUUCCCAUCCUGUAAAAAUAAUAUUUUCUAGGGAUCAGAAAAUGUAAGUGAUUUGGUUUCUGUAAAUAUAAAAGUUAAGGUUGGAGCUAUCAUUGUUUAGCCUCUAGUAAACCAGACAAGAAAAGUGAUAUUUCAUGAUUACUUGCUAUCAGUGACAUUUUAUUACAUGUAUAAAAACAGGGAUAAAAGUCAUGAUAUGAACAGUUAUACAUUGAUGUGUUUUUUCAAUCAUUGUUCAAAAAGACUAAUAUUUUUUUUAUUAGGGGUGAGAGGUGGGGCUAAACCCCAACAAUUUAUGAAAACCAUUUUUUUCAUAAUCAUCUUAGCUAAGGACAUUAAUCAAGAAGCACAAUAUACAUGGCUGGUGGUGUGAAUUUCUUCAGGAUUUGCAGAAAAUGAGCUUAAAACUGCUUGAUAAAGUUAUAAAUGAAGAGCACAAUUUUUUUUUUUUAAUAACCACACCAAAUAGUAUCAGAUACUGGAGAAAACAAUGUUAUGACAUUAAGUCUCAAAGUGGUCAGUUCAUAUAUUUGUAAUUCAUACAUAAACAAGUGUCAGUUUUUCAUGUGUAGAAUGUGUGUAAAACAUGCAAGAGAGUCUAAAUCAGUUAAAGAAAGUUUGCCAAAGGGCUUUGAAAAUGUGAAUGAUUUAGGAUUCUAAAAACAAAAGACUAUUGUUGGUGUGGGGGGGGGGGCUUAUCAUUUAAGAUUUUUUUUUUUAACCAGAUAUAAGAAGCUGUUAUUUUGUCAUUAUUAUCAAAUGUAAGUUACAGUAUUGUAAGCAUAAAAAACGAUACUAAUAAUGAAAGCAGUUUCUUUAUAUCAGGGAUAAAACAAAUUCAACAGCAUAUACAUUAAUUUUUAAAAGUCUUCGUUUUUCUGGCUGGUUGGUAAACCCCCAGUAAUUUUAACGGAGGGUCUAUAAAUGGGAAACACCAAAGUAUUCUUAAUUUUUUUUCACAGGUAUUAAUGAAGGACUAACUAUUAUUUGAUUAUAAUAAUUUGAUGAUUAUAAAGCAUUUCCAAUCUUCCUCGCUAUCACCACCACCAAGAUUGACAGGAUGACAAAUGCCACAGAGAUUAAGUGUUCAUCAGGGUAUCAUCUCAUUGAUGAAGAUAUGGAGAAAAGAUGCUUCCUCUUGGGAUUUGAGUUGCAGGAUAUUCACAAAGCAGAGCUACAAACAUAACUGAUAAAAAUGUCAAUCGUAAUGUUCAUUGUAUAUAUAAAAACUGAUUUUUUUAUUAUUAUUAUUAUUUGGAAGAACAUUGGGGUAUGCAUGUGCUUGACUGACCUAUGCAUUUGUCCCUGAUCUUGCCAGACUGCAUUAAAGUUUACAAGUUUCAUGCUGUCCCGUAUUAUGCAACAUAUUAUCAUCCAAUUCUCAGAAUAUCCUCUAGGGAAAAAAAAUUUACAAGAGCUUCUACUUAUAAAAACAAGAUGAACUUGGUGUUAUAGUCUGCAGGAAUUCUGAUAUUAAGCUGUCUGCCAGAGUUUAAUGUCUGGAAGACAAAUGUUCCUCUAAGUAUGUUGCAGCCGAAGACUUUGUGGAAGAGUGUGUCUAACCUUAACAACUAUUUUCUUGUUCUUGACUAGGCAUAACCUCAUAGUAACCACAAAGUCCUCAUGAGCAUUGGUCAUGUCUUCAGAAUGGGUAAAGGGUAGCUGUAGUAAAACAAGUCUUUUCCUAGUAAUAUUCUGUGAAACAUUUGUUGCAAGAGUACAAACUGCAGUAUUGUAACAUCCUUGUCAUUCUUUCAGAAUAGGUGCAAUGUAUAUUUGUCUAGUAGUGGUAGCACUUGUGUGGAAUUAGGACAUGAAUGCUUCAUUAUCAGCAUUUUAAAUUUAAAAUGAUGGAGGUCCUUGCAUGUGUUGUAUUUUUGUAAUACCCUAAUGCACACCCAUACUAUAAUACCUAAGGGAUAAUGCUUACAUAUAUAUAUAUUAUGUGUAUAUAUUUGUGAUUUUUUAUUCUGUAAAAUUCAUUGGUGCUUUGCAAUGUUCAGACAUUUAGAGGUUUUUUUUUUUGUGUACUUUUGGGCAGUCAAAUGUUUGCAGAUGUUCAGAGUUUGUUUUCAUAAUUACAGUAGCUCUUCUAACCCUGAACAAACAGACCAAGAUUGCAAUGAUUCUCAUCAUAUUCAUAUUAUCAGUGAUUUUAUACUCGUUACAUAACGUGGAAAUUUUUGUUAAGUGGCAGAGAUGAGGUGGGCGUGAGGGGGUGGGGGUGGAAUUGCUUUCGCUUCUUAGAUCUUGACAAUACAUUCAUGCAUAGAAUGCAUAUUGAAAUGUUGUGUAUGUGCGAGUGCUCAAAGCUUGAGCUUUGUGUCAUAUAUACAUAUAAAAUGGUAAAACCCUU